AUGGCAUCCGUCGUCUGCUCCUCGCUGCGCGCCGCCGCCCGGCCCGCCAUGCGGCUCGUCGCCGCCGCCCGCGCCGCGCCGCCCUCUCGUGCCUUUACGAGCUCGAGGAUGAGCCUCGUCAAGAGAUACACAAAGGACCACGAGUGGGUCGACCUCUCGGCCGACGGCAAGACGGCCGUCGUCGGCAUCUCCGAGUACGCGGCCGAGCAGCUCGGCGACGUCGUCUACGUCGAGCUGCCCGAGGUGCCUGCCUCCGACUUUGUCGACCAGGGCGACGCCAUCGGUGCCGUCGAGUCGGUCAAGAGCGCGAGCGACAUCAACGCACCCGUCCGCUGCCGCGUCGUCGCCGCCAACAACCUGCUCGAGGAGAAGCCGGCGACCAUCAACCAGGUGCCCGAGGACGACUCGCACGGCGGCGGCUGGAUCGUCCGCGUCGAGGUCGACGAGGAGGGCGCCAAGCAGGUCGACGCCCUCAUGGACGCGGCCGCCUACAAGGCAUUCGUCGAGGAGUGA